AAGGCUUUGGUCGAGGGUUAUUUUUUGGAAGAACACGAUCUUAACUCCAGCCGUUGUGAAAAUGAUGGCUGGUGGAGCUGUUCAACAUAACGGGAUAUUCACGACUCUUCACCACCACAUUCAACCGCCCCACAUGGAGUCGGAUCCUCCUGAUUCUAGGAAAAGACCGCUAGAAACCCCCACGGAGGCGAGUAGCACCAAGCGCACAAACACAGGAGAAGAGGGCGAGUACUUUUUGAAAGUGCUGAUCCCCAGCUAUGCAGCAGGGUCCAUCAUCGGCAAGGGAGGCCAGACCAUCGUGCAGCUCCAGAAGGAGACGGGAGCCACCAUCAAGCUCUCCAAAUCCAAAGACUUCUACCCAGGCACAACAGAGCGCGUCUGUCUGAUCCAAGGGACGGUGGAGGCCCUGAAUGGAGUGCACAACUUCAUCGCUGAGAAGGUGCGUGAGAUGCCCCAGAACGCCCAGAAGCCCGAGCCCGUCAGCAUCCUGCAGCCCCAGACCACCGUCAACCCCGACCGCGUCAAACAGGCGAAACUGAUCGUGCCCAACAGCACAGCGGGCCUGAUCAUCGGCAAGGGUGGCGCCACGGUGAAGGCGGUGAUGGAGCAGUCGGGCGCGUGGGUGCAGCUCUCCCAGAAGCCCGAGGGCAUCAACCUGCAGGAGCGCGUGGUGACGGUGAGCGGCGAGCCCGAGCAGAACCGCAAGGCGGUGGAGAUCAUCGUCCAGAAGAUCCAGGAGGACCCGCAGAGCAGCAGCUGCCUGAACAUCAGCUACUCCAACGUCACGGGCCCCGUGGCCAACUCCAACCCCACCGGCUCGCCGUACGCCAACACGGCCGACGUGCUGCCCAACGCGGCCGCCGCCGCCGCCACCUCGACGCUGCUGGGCCAGGCGGGGCUGGCCGGCAUGGGCGGCUUCCCCGGGGCGGCCAUGUCCAGCCUGUCAGGUAACGACCUGCUGGCCAUCACGUCGGCGCUCAACACGCUCGCCAGCUACGGCUACAACACCAACACGCUGGGCCUCGGCCUGAACCCGGCAGCCGCGUCUGGUGUCCUGGCAGCCGUCGCCGCUAGCGCCAACCCCGCCGCGGCCGCUGCGGCCAACCUGCUGGCGUCGUACGCCAGCGAAGCGUCGGGAGGGGGAGGCCACCCCGCCGCGCCCAGCCUCGGGGGCUUCUCCCUGGGCUCCCUGGCCGCCGCCACGGGGGCGUCCAACGGCUACCUGAACCCCUCCUCCCCGCUGGUGGCGUCAUCCCUGCUGGGCACCGAGAAGCUGACGGAGGGCGGCAAGGAGGUGGUGGAGAUCGCCGUGCCGGAGAACCUGGUGGGCGCCAUCUUGGGCAAGGGCGGCAAGACUCUGGUGGAGUACCAGGAGCUGACGGGGGCACGGAUCCAGAUCUCCAAAAAGGGCGAGUUCAUCCCGGGCACGCGCAACCGCAAGGUCACCAUCACGGGGUCUCCGGCGGCGACGCAGGCCGCCCAGUAUCUCAUCAGCCAGCGAAUCACGUACGAGCAAGGCGUUCGCGCCACCAACCCGCAGAAAGUGGGCUAAAAAAAAAGAAAGAAAAACAACAAAAAGAUGAGACAUGAGGUGGGGGAGGCCUGAGAGACACGGAGAAAGAGAGAGGACCCAGAACAAAGGAGAGAAGUGAUUUUGAUGCGAGCUCGGUGGACAGGUAUUUAAAAACACGGGACGAUUGCAAUGAGGGAACUUCCCACUUUAGCAGACGGCGAGGAAAAAAAGAGAUGAACUUUAUAUGAAGAUGAGGCGUGAGUGAACACAAAUGUUUGAGUAAAGAUGGGACGGUGGGGGAAGAGAUUAAUAUUUGAUAUGUGAAUACGCUUUUCUGACUGAAACCAACGUUGUUUUGUUUCGUUUUUAAAAAGUUGGAGUCGAGUCCUCUAGGCUUGUGUCUAAACAUUUGGUCCCGUGAACACUGCAGGACCGAAGACGAUGGACCAGCUGAUUUUAUCCUCCGAUAUACUCAUCGCCAAACGGGAAUAAUCUGUUAUUUUGUUUUCUUUUUUUUGUUUGUUUCUGUUACUGUUUUCUGCUUACAUUUUAACAGCUACCAUUUUGUUUCAGGUACCUAGUUCCUCUUUGUGUGUCUCUCCGGAGACUAACACACAGGCCACAGUCUCUUCGUAUACAGGUUCUGCUUUCAGCCUUGUUGAUAUAAUAUAUAUAUUUACCGUACCUUCAGCGUCUCCGGAAUGCGUUCAUCCAUACGUGGCGCAAG